AGUUUUCAGCUAGGCUAAAUUCACGCGCUACCGUAGGCCGCACGCUGCCAGUGAGCUACAGCCUGUGCUUUUAUUCUCGUGCGUGUCUAAGACUUAUCACGUCCUACUUUGCGCUGCGUUACCUUCAUUACGAUUCAUAAUUAUUGCGCGGGAUUGAGUACGUGCAGCGCGUUUUCUUUCCUUGGAUGAAUGGGAUUGAUUUGGGGUGGAUUGCGCGCGCCCUUGCAGCAGUUGCGCGCGCCGUCCUUCAGACAGGCGCGAGGCGGCUCUGUCGACGGACGGGUUCGUGGCGUUUCCCGUGAAGCAGCUUCGCUUCCUGCGCCUGCCAGCGGCCAGAGCUGCACUCAAAUAAACGACACGGGCGGCUGCGAGGUUCCGUGGUGGUGUGUGAGGGAAAGUGGUUGUCUGGUGCGUCUGGAUCAUGGCGCAGACCAACAGCACUGGGCAGAACAGCAUUGGGGAGGCAGACGACUCCCCCAACACACUGGUCUACAGAAAGAUGGAAGACCUCAUAGCCCGGAUGCAGGAUGAAAAGAAUGGCAUCCCCAUCAGGACAGUUAAGAGCUUCCUCUCCAAGAUUCCCAGCGUCUUCUCUGGUUCCCACAUUGUGCAGUGGCUGAUGAAGAACUUGAACAUUGAGGAUCAAGUGGAGGCUUUGCACCUGGGCACGCUGAUGGCAGCACACGGUUAUUUCUUCCCCAUCUCAGAUCACGUGCUCGUGCUGAAAGACGAUGGCACCUUCUACAGGUUCCAGACACCAUACUUCUGGCCCUCUAACUGCUGGGAGCCCGAGAACACUGACUACGCUGUCUACCUGUGCAAAAGAACAAUGCAAAACAAAGCUCGUCUGGAACUGGCGGACUACGAGGCCGAGAGUUUAGCACGACUCCAGCGUGCCUUUGCCAGGAAGUGGGAGUUCAUCUUCAUGCAAGCUGAAGCCCAAGCGAAAGUCGACAAGAAGAGGGAUAAAGUUGAGAGGAAGAUUCUUGACAGUCAGGAAAGAGCAUUCUGGGACGUGCACAGACCCGUGCCCGGAUGUGUGAAUACUACUGAAGUGGAUAUCAAAAAGUCCUCUAGAAUGAAAAACCCUCACAAAACGAGAAAGUCGGUGUACGGUCUUCAGAAUGACAUACGUAGUCAUAGCCCCACCCACACACCCGCCCCCGAAGCCAAGCAGCCAACCACAGAGGAACUCCAUGAACAGAUCAAAUUUUGGCAAGCACAGUUAGAUCGGCAUCGAUUGAAGAUGUCCAAAGUUGCAGAGGGCUUACUAGGCUACACAGAGCAGCAUGUGGACUACGAUCCGUUUCUUUUGACUCCUGACCCUUCGAACCCUUGGAUAUCGGACGACACAACCUUCUGGGAACUGGAGGCGAGUAAGGAACCAACUCAGAGCAGGGUAAAGCGUUGGGGUUUCGGGAUAGACGAGGUUCUCAAAGACCCAGCUGGGAGGGAGCAGUUCCUCAAAUUCCUGGAGUCAGAAUUCAGUUCUGAAAACCUCAGUUUCUGGCUGGCCGUGCAGGAGCUAAAGAGGAGGCCGGUGAAGGAGGUGCCGUGCCGUGUGCAAGAGAUCUGGCAGGAGUUCCUCGCACCUGGUGCUCCCAGUGCCAUCAACCUGGACUCCAAGAGCUACGACAAAACCACGCAGAAUGUGAAGGACCCCGGACGCUACAGCUUUGAGGACGCGCAGGAGCACAUCUAUAAGCUGAUGAAAAGUGAUUCGUACAGCCGCUUCAUCAGAUCCAGUGUCUACCAGGAGCUCCUGCAGGCUAAAAAGAAGAGAAGUAAGAAUUUAUUUUGAAGGAACAGAAUGCUUCCAGGGGAACUCUGGGUUGUGUAAAAGUCUGCCCUCUGUUGUGCAAUCAUGCUGAGCCUUGGCGAAUCAGACACGGCUGUCUUCUCUGCCACCUAACGGGACGACGGUCCAGUCUUGAGCAUGUCCGACGGGCUGCGUUUUUACAUCGCUUUUGACUCCCUGUCGUUCAAGGCUCAGCAGGAGCGGGGGAGGCUUGCAGGGGGCAGAGCGGAUGGCGUUCCAGGCUUCCAAAGACAUUAGCGGAAGAGAGCGAUGCUUCCCAACACCAGAAACGAUGUCCGAGUCACGUUCAUCACGUCCCCGUUCCUGCCUGGCUGCACAAACGGCGCAGCAACACGAUGACGGGGUGGAGCCGGAUGGUCCCGCCUCUACUCCCAGACGCCAGACGAAAGCGAUUUGUUGUUCCCAUCGCCGCCCAUCCCCCGAUGUGAAUUUUAUUGCACUAUUAAAGAAAUGCAUAUAAACUCAGCUUGUGACGAUUGUCCGACCACUCAGAAACAUGCCAUGUCUGAUGGCGAGUCGUUUUAUUUUGUUUUUGUUUGUUGUUGUUGUUGUUGUUGUUGUUCUUCCCUUCCCCUUCUGCACUUUUUUUAAUUUU